AGUUUUACAAACGCAUACAAAGUUAAACUAAUGAGGGAAAAUCUGCCCUCAUGGUUCAUGUCCUCUUUUCACCCUGGAAAAAUUUCCUCUGUAACUCGAGAGUCGUCCGUAAUCCUGGUAUUGAAAUGCCUUCCGGGGAAAUUCACUAGGACUGUUGUUUGGCGUCUUGAAGAAGCGCGCUCGGAGACAGCGGGCCGGCAAAGAGGAGCCGCGUUUUAACGCAGACAGACAGCCUCCCAGCAAAAUGCUGCUCCUUCUGUUGCAGAUUUUCCUCCACUUGCCCCUAUCCUCACCGCUUUGUGACCCACGAGUCAGAGGGCUGUGUAGGCCAAAAGUGGAAGAAAAACCUAAAUGCACAGAUAUCCCUCUGUCCUACUGCUCCGACAUGGCCUACACCCAGACCAUGUUCCCCAACAUCAUCGGCCACAGGACCUGGCAGGACUCACAUCCCAGCAUCGAGUACCUCCUGAUCUGCGUGGUGGAAACUCUGAUUGGUGGGGAGUGUCACCUCCAGUUUAGGAUGCUGAGCUGCUCCGUUUUGGCCCCGCGCUGCGAGGGGGAGAAGAUGCAGAGGCCCUGUCGAAGUGUCUGUCAAGCCGUGCACAAGAAAUGCAGACGUGCAUUUGUCGGUAUAGACAUGGCGUGGCCCUACUUUCUCGAUUGUGAUCGCUUCUUUGUCGGACACCAAGAGGGAUGUUUUAACCCACUGGAGAACAUGAGAGCAGAGCAGCCAGGUCAGGGGGAUGAAACUCUACAAGUUCUUCUCUUAGAAGACGCUUCGUUGAUGCAGUUCACCUAUUACUCUUACAAUGAUUUGAUCCACCACCUGAAGAGGAUUGAGGCCCGCUGCUUCACCGUGGCCAGGACCUACAGCAUUGGCCGCAGCAUGGAGGGCAGGGAGUUGCUGGUGGUGGAGUUCUCUGGCAAUCCCGGGGAGCACGAUCUGCUUGAGCCAGAGACCAAGUUUGUCGGCAACGUUCAUGGCAACGAAGGCCUGAGCCGCCAGCUGCUCAUCCACUUGGCUCAGUUCCUGUGCACGGAGUACCUGAGAGGGAACCAACGCAUCCAGACCCUCAUCAACACCACUCGCAUCCACAUCCUGCCCUCCAUGAACCCCGACGGGUUUGAGGUGGCCACACCCGGACGCAAUGAAACCGACCACAGGGACAACGCAGAGCUUGGCAGUUUUAAUCUGGGCACUAACAACGCCCAGAACAUCGACCUGAACAGAAACUUUCCCGAUUUGACCUCCAUCGUUUACAGAAGGCACAGACAAAAAGGCCACCGUACCGACCAUAUCCCGAUCCCAGACUCUUACUAGUUUGGUAAGGUGGCACCAGAGACUUAUGCCGUCAUGAAGUGGAUCCGCUCUGUGCCAUUUGUGCUUUCAGCUAGCUUCCGCAGUGGGGACCUGCUGGUUUCAUACCCGUACGAUCUGUCCAAACAUCCUCAGGGGAAUGACACCUUCUCCCCAACCCCAGAUCAGAAGGUUUUUAAAUUCCUUGCAGGAACAUAUGCAAACGCACAUCAAACGAUGUUCAUCAAUAAUACUAGUUGUGAUCAGCGAGGAGCAAACAGCCGGAAAGGGAUCCUAAACGGAGCACAGAGGUCCAACUUUGCAGGAGGUAUGCAGGACUUUAACUACCUUCACACCAACUGCUUUGAGGUGACAUUGGCGCUGGGCUGCGACAAGUUUCCCAAUGGGGAGGGACUCUUCCUCAGCUGGCAUGAACACCAGGAAGCUCUCAUUAAAUUCUUGAAGGCGGUGCAUCGAGGCGUCAAAGGAUUAGUAAAAGAUGAGAAUGGCGAAGGAAUAAAAGGAGCUCGGAUAUCGGUCAGAGGAAUCCGGCAUGACGUUACUACCUCAGGUGAAAACGGGGAGUACUGGCGCCUCCUCACGCCCGGCAUCCACAUCCUAUCUGCCUCCGCCCCUGGCUACGCCAGAGCCCACAAGAGAAUACACCUUCCCCCCAACAUGCGUAAAGCGGGUCGCGUCGACUUUGUGUUGCGGAGAGCUAUUCCGGAAGGAAACGUCACCCUCCAGACGACAGAGGCCUAUGAACGAUUUGACCCCCACAAUCAAUACGAACGCUACACCCAAAUAUCUGCAAUCGGGCAGAGGAGCGGAGAAAGGGCAAAUAAACCCUGGUGGUGGUACUACCUAUCCUUGCUAAAUGGCCCUGCGCCCACCUGGCUCAUCAAAGAGUAUUAAAACAAAGCUUUUUCUGAACGUACAUGCGCCACACACGCUUCAACACUACUCUGCACGCUGAAAUGCUGAUGUCAGCACUUUGAAUUCCAAAUAUCUACACCUUUGUGAAACUUUAGAUUAUAACUAGUCUUCAAUAAAAGUGUUUUUAAACCCAAA